CGCCAGAUGACUGUUGGAAAGCCAACCCAAUCAUUCAAAUAAAAAGACAACUCUGAUUAGGAAGCAAAGCAAGCGGGCGUUUCUUCUUCAAAGACCAAAAAACGUCAACUCACUCAAAAGUCACCUUUGGAAAAGAAGAAGUAAAGCUAUGUAUGUCUACAAAGUUGUAGAAUCGCUUUGAAUCUCUUUUGUUCUUGCUCUUUCUCUCUAAAUUCUUACGGGUGUUAUCCAGUUAUGGGAAAUGGGGAAUCGACAUAUGAUGAUUCCAAUGAUGAUUUGCGGAGUCAUCCUCCUUCUUAUGCAGGAAGUUCAGAUGAUUCCCAUGAUGAUUUGCGGAGUCAUCCGCCUUCUUAUGCAGGAAGUUCAGCAGAUACUUACUAUCAGCACAUGCAUCAAACUACAUCCAUAGCUGAUGAUUCCCAUGACGAUAUGCGGAUUCAUCCACCUUCUUAUGCAGGAAGUUCUACAGAUACUCACCAUCGACAUAAGCAGCAAAGUACAUGCAUAGCUGAUCAUUUUACCUCCUUGGAUCAGGUUAUCUCUGCAUUAAGGGAAGCUGGCCUUGAAUCAUCAAAUUUGAUACUUGGUAUUGACUUCACAAAGAGCAAUGAGUGGACAGGCAAGUAUUCAUUCAAGAGGAAAAGCCUUCAUGCAAUUGGUAGCACACCUAAUCCAUAUGAGCAAGCAAUAUCUAUUAUUGGUCGCACUUUGUCUCCUUUCGAUGAAGAUAAUUUGAUACCGUGUUUUGGGUUUGGCGAUGCAACAACACAUGAUAAAUAUGUGUUCAGUUUUUAUCCCGAUCACCGAUAUUGUAAUGGUUUUGAGGAAGCUCUUGCACGUUAUAGAACGAUUGUUCCGUGCUUAAAUCUGUCAGGUCCAACCUCAUUUGCCCCAAUAAUUAAUGCUGCAAUUGACAUUGUGGAGAAAAGCAAUGGGCAAUAUCAUGUUCUUGUCAUUAUUGCAGAUGGACAGGUUACCAGAAGUCCUGAUACCCCACCGGGAAGGUUCAGUCCACAAGAACAAUUCACUGUAGACUCCAUAGUUGAUGCUAGCCAUUAUCCUCUCUCAAUCAUUUUGGUUGGAGUGGGGGAUGGACCGUGGGACUCAAUGAAGCAAUUUGAUGAUAACAUUCCUCACCGAUCAUUUGACAAUUUCCAGUUUGUCAACUUCACAAAAAUCAUGUCUGAGGAAACCGAAGCAUCAAAGAAGGAAACAGCCUUUGCACUUGCUGCCCUCAUGGAAAUACCAUUUCAGUACAGGGCAACACAAAAUUUUGUCAUUAGGGAAUCCAUAGAUAGUCGUCUACGUACAAGACCACGUCCACCUCCGGAAGAGGUGAUCGAUCAUGAUAAUGCAGUGAAAUCAGUCCCACAUGUGACAAACGAUAUAACAGCUGAGCCAACACCUCCAGUGGAACUAGUCUGCCCAAUUUGCCUGGUGAAUCCUAAGGACAUGGCUUUUGGAUGCGGUCAUACAACUUGCAAGGAUUGCGGUGGGAGCCUCUCAUUAUGCCCUAUCUGCCGGGAGCCCAUAACAACCCGCCUGAGACUCUAUACUUGAUUACUUCCUCAAUAUUAUAAAUGCUUCAAUGUUUAUGAGAACAUUGAUGGAUCUCAGCCAACAUUACCAUUAUUCCACCGUUUGUAAAUUUUUAAUAUAUAUAUAUGUAUACAUAUAGAAGCUACUUGAAACAUUCUUUUUUUCCUUUGCGUAUGUAAGAAUUUCAUUAAACUGUUUUUUGUUGGUAUCAGCACACGUCCUGUAGCAUUGCCUAGACAAAUUGGUGGAUGUGUUUGGGCUGCUCUUUUCCCCUCUUUUGUAUUUUUUCAUUUCUAUCUUCCCAAGGAAAGAAUAAAUCCUAACACUUCAAUUGUC